AUGAAAGCUAUAGUCGCGACGAUAGUUUUGCUAACGUACUUUUCGGUAAAAUGUUCUGAUACCCUGAUCAAAACAAAAGAAUUGCAGAAAUCCGUCGAUAAUUUUGACCUGUCGGAGGUUAUGAGUGAAUGCAAUGAGACUUUUAGAAUUGAAAUGUCUUACAUAGACUCUAUAAAUUCAACGGGUAGUUUUCCAGACGAGAUGGAUAAAACUCCUAAAUGUUUCAUCCGUUGCAUGCUUGAGAAAUAUGAAGUAACGUCAGACGGAGAAGAUUUCGAUGUGGACAAGACUGUUGUACUUUUUUCACAAAUGAAGAAGAUAGGAGAAGAUGAUGCAAGGGAUAUAGUACAGAGCUGCGGUAAACGAUGUGAGUAUAUUGUCUGA